AAUUAAGAAAAAUUAACAGCUUGUUAAAAGUGUUUGAGAACCACUGAGUGAGGGUGUCUGUAUGUCUUUGUAUCGUAUAUCGUUCAUAACCAUGAAUUACAUUCAGAACCUACCUUCAGCAUCUAUGCUUUUUUGGUUCAGUUUGUAUCCUUUUUACAUCAGCCUUUGUAUUGCUAAGAGUUCUUUGCAAAUUUCCUGAACUGUGCGCAGUCGCAUCAACCUCCACGAUGAAGCUUGUUCUGGUUUUGGCUCCACUCCAGUCAUGCUAAUGGGGCAGAUUUGUAUUGAAGCCAAUUUGAAAAGGUGACUGGAAACUACUGUUCUAUACAGUACAGCAGAGAGUGUCAGAGUUCAGAGGUGAAAGGUCACUUGUGAGCAAUCAUUGUAGCAGACCUAAGAGAGAAAAACCCACUUCAUUCACUUCAACAAAAAGAUGGAGGUGGUCAAUUUGCCAGCUGUGUCCCGCGUGGCUGUGUGCGGCGGUACCCACGGUAACGAGCUGUCAGGCGUGUACCUCGUACGGGAGCUUCAGAAGAAGAAAAAGGGAGGGGCCGAUGAUGUUUCCGUGACGAUGGUGAUCUCCAACCCGCGAGCGGUUCAGCAGUGCCGGAGAUACGUGGAGACGGACCUGAACCGCUGCUUUACCGCCGCCACGCUCAGCGCCCCGGUCUCCGAUAAAACCCCGUACGAGAUGGUGCGAGCGCAGGAGCUCAACGCUCUCCUGGGGCCCAAAGGCGCGGACGAGGCCGCAGACCUGCUGUGUGACCUUCACAACACCACCUCCAACAUGGGCUUGUGCAUCUUCUCCCCCGUGGCGUGCGACUGGGUCUGCAUGCAGAUCUACAGGCACCUGCAGAGGGAGAUGCCCUCUUGGCCCGUGAAGUACUUGAGUUUUGAACGUCCAGCUGCUGAGGCCUUUUCCCUGGAUUCUGUGGGGAAACACGGCUUGACAAUUGAGAUUGGCCCACAGCCCCAUGGAGUGGUCAGGGCUGACAUAUUCAACGCAAUGAAGGAGGGAGUCCGACUCAUGCUGGACUGGAUCCAGAAAUUCAACUCGGGUGUCCUGUUUGAUGGCGGGGAGGUGGAGGUGUACACCAUGGGGAAAAAUAUGGAUUAUCCCAGAGAUGAAGAGACUCACUCCAUCACUGCGACAAUACACCCACAGCUACAGGACAAAGAUUUCUGCCUUCUUCACCCCGGAGAUCCUCUGUUCCUGACGUUCUCCGGAAAGACUGUGACGUACAAAGGGACAGAGCCUCUGUAUCCCGUUUUCGUGAACGAGUGUGCGUAUUACGAGAAGGGCAUCGCUCUCUAUCUGGCCCGGAGGAAAACAGUGGCCGUUCCAUCCAUCCAGGUGAAAAGAGACUGAAGGGGAGGGAGGGAGGGAGGGAGAGCUGAGUGGGGGCAGGGAAUGCCUAGAGGAGGAGUUGGUACAACCAAAGAUGCAAAUGGCUGAACUUUGCAACAUUUUAUCGCACCGUGAAUGAAAGCUUAGCAGUUAAAAUCACCCGUGUAUUAAACUUACAAACAAAAAAAAAAAAUCAUCUCAGGAAAUAUUUAACGCACAAUCAGUAUGAAUGUCUUAGAAUAAUUAAAUAUUACCCUUUUGUUCAAAAUUGAA